CCCCCCCAACACACACUUGGAGGGCGCCUCUCUGAUUGGCUGCAGCCUGCCCCCCCCCCCCCCCCCCAGCCAAUAGGAGCGCAGGGCGUGGGGCAGGGAUUUGUGAAUGGGCCGGGGCGCGGGGCCGCAUCCUGCGCGGGGGCACAACCGGGCACCCAGGGCCCCCCAGGACCCCCCAGGACCCCCCAGUCCCCUCCACCUCCCAGCCGCUGGCCCCAUGCCGUGGCCGCCAGCCCCAGCCCCAGCCCCUCAGCACCUGCCAAGAACAUCUUGGUUUCAGCCAAUUUUUGUCAAGUCCAUAAAAAGGGGUCAGGGGGGCAAAUAACGAGGGGGCACCCUCCGCCGUGGGGCUGGGGACAGGGGGCAGUCACCCCCGUGUCCCUGCGGGGAUCCUGGGUCCCCACGUCCUGCAGCGGGCAGCUCCAAAACGCCCCAUUGGACAUGGGGUGAGCCGAGCCCCCCGGGAUCCCCCCCGGGCUGAGCCCCCGCCGCGGUGCCCUCGUCCCCCCGACGCCCCCCGUGUCCCCUCGCAGCCGGUGCGUGCCGGGGGGCGAUGGUCCCGGUGCCCAACAGCACGGCGGUGACGUGGGCCGGUGAAUCGGCGCGGCCAGAGCCGGAGCGGUCACCCUGCAUGGUCGGCAUCUUCCCCGUGGUGUACUACAGCGUCCUGCUGGGCCUGGGGCUGCCAGUGAACGUGCUGAGCGCCGUGGCCCUGUCCCGCCUGGCCACGAGGACCAAGAAGUCGUCGUACUGGUACCUUCUGGCCCUGGCCACCUCCGACAUCCUCACCCAGGUCUUCAUCAUCUUCGUGGGCUUCAUCCUGCAGACGGCCAUCCUGGCGCGGGCGCUGCCCAGCGCCUUCACCCACGCCGUCACCGUGCUGGAGUUCGCGGCCAACCACGCGUCCGCCUGGGUCACCGUCCUGCUGACCGUGGACCGCUACGUGGCCCUGUGCCACCCGCUGCGCUACCGCGCCCUCUCCUACCCGCGGCGCACCCGCAGGAUCAUCGCCGCCGUCUUCACCGCCGCGCUGGCCACCGGCAUCCCCUUCUACUGGUGGCUGGACGCGUGGCGCGACGCCGACCCCCCCACGGCCCUGGACAGGGUGCUCAAGUGGGCGCACUGCGUCACCAGCUACUUCUUGCCCUGCGGCAUCUUCCUGGCCACCAACUCGGUCGUCAUCCGCAAGCUGAAGCGGCGGGGGCGCCCGGGGGGCCGCCGGCCCCUCCUGAGCAAGAGCACGGCGCUCCUGCUGGCCGUCACCGCCGUCUUCGUGGUGCUCUGGGCGCCCCGCGCCGUCGUCAUGAUGUGCCACCUCUACGUGGCCUCGGUCAGGAGGGACUGGCGCGUGCACCUGGCCUUGGACGUGGCCAACAUGGUGGCCAUGCUCAGCACCACCCUCAACUUCUUCCUCUACUGCUUCGUCAGCCAGACCUUCCGCCGCGCGGUGGGCGAGGUGCUCCGGGCCCACCCCCGGCACGGCCCCCGCCCCGCAAACCCCCGCAUCCCACCCCCAGCCCUGAAACCCCUGGAGCUGCUGGCCGGCACGGCGCUCUGAGCUGGGGGCUGCCACCGGCCGGGGAUCCCUGGAGCUCGCCCAGCCCCUGGCAUUGCCCCCAGCACCCUGUGAGACCCUGCCCGUGCGACGCCGCCCGGCUGCGCCCACCCCGUGCGGUGCUGGUGGGGUUGGGGGGGGCUCGGGGCUGCUCCCAAGCUGCGGCUCCACCGAAGCCCCCAGGAACCGCAGCUGCCCCGGGGGGCCGGGUGCCGGCGAGCUCUGCAGCCCCGCCGAGGCGUAGUGGGGCUGCUCCUGCCCCCAUAAACGUCUGUGCUCACACCAAAAUCUGCCUGAGUCCAGCUCCGUGUGGCUGCCUGGGAUGGGGGCACAGCACCCCCUGAGCGUGGGGUCCCCCUGCCCAGCCCGGUGCACCCCGGGUGCUCUGUGGGGCCGGGUCCCACCCUGUGAUCCCCCCCAGACCCACAUGGGGCACCCCCCACGAGGUGCCACCCUCCCGGGGUGACCGUGCCAGCCUGCCUGUCCCCAGCUGCCACCAGAGGGCAGGGACAGGACGCCCCGCGGAGCUGGCACCCAGCGCCCUGGCACCCAGCACCCCGCGGGCUCAGCCGGCACGGCCGGGUUCGGAGCGCCAGCCCUGCAGCCCCACAUUCCUCCCUAAUUCCCCCAUAAGGUCCUUAGCGUAAUCCCCCCAAAAUCCUGGCCUUUCCGCUGUAAUUCCUCAUAAACUGGCACCCGUGGGGCUGUCCCGGUGGCAGGGGCUCAGCCGGCCCCGGGGGGAUUUGGGCUGCCCCGUGCCCACCCGGCUGAGCCCAGGAGCGGGGUGGGACGGGGGGCAGCGGGGUCCCUGCCUGCCUUGGCCCUCAUUGCUCAUAAAAUGAGCCCAAAGCGGCUCCGUGACGUGGGGCUGACCCACACGGGCACCACCGCACACCCAGGGCCGUGCACCCAGCACCCUGUGGCAGGAUCAGCCCCCAGCACCUUCCAG